AUGGGCGUGUGCCAGUCUUGCCUGGGUAUUGGGCGCCGCCCCUCCGAUUCGGCGCGUUCAGAUACUUCGCACCUCCUAGGCGAUUCCUACCAGCCACAAUAUGGGAGCAUCAAUCCCGCAGCCUCGCACAGUGGUCGGCAGAUUGACCCCGAGGAGAUUAGACGCCAACGGGACGCGUUGGAGCGUAUCUGCGCGCAAACUUCCGAUAAGUUAAUCCAUGUCUCACAAGCGACAUACGCCGAAGACGGCUGGAAAAUGAUCUCCGAAUACCAACGGCUCUUCAACGAGCGCUUCCCCCCUCUCAAAACCGAACCCAGUCGACCUUCCUCUGCGGAUGCCACACAAGAAGAAGACGAAGCCACAUGGCUCGGAAAGAUUGUCGGCGACUCAACCGACCCCGAGGGAAGCUGGGAGCGCGUCGAGCCUGUCGAAUCCGGAGCCCUCACCUUCCAGUUUGGUGAGGCCCUUGGUUCAGAUCGGCGACAGUUGCGGUGA